AGCCCGGGCCGUAAUGUAAUGCGUUCGUUCGUCUGCAGCAGGAAAAGAGUUGAAUGGACACUAUCAGGUUGGUCGUAGAUAAAACGGGGAGAGUGACAGAAACUAGCCGGGCUCCACCCAUUUUAUUGUUUUACAGCAUGAAAAGAACUCUCGAGUAGUGUAAACACGGUAAAUUGGAAAUGUGAUCUUUCAUUGCAAUAAUAUUAAAUUUCAGCGCACAGUGAUACGUUUGGAGAACAUUUAAAACAAAAACAAGCGUACACCAGGUGUUUUUUUUUCAGUUUAAAUAGUGUUUAAUAUGCAACUUUAAAUACGGAAAAGUGGUGAAUCUAAAUGUUUAAAUUUGAAUGGAAUGUAAAACGUAAUUGACGUUGCAUAUUGUCAGAAGUCUUAUAAAAUAAAUGUGGAGUCUGAGAGCUUCAUAAGCAAUUGUCUUAAAUAAGACAUAUACAAGCCAGAAGUGCAUUGACGAGAAAAAAUUGGAAUAUGUUUGUGUGUCGUGUGUUCGCAGUACUUGAAUGAAAAAGGAAGAUAUUUGAUUAGGAACGUUACGUGUUAAAACAUGUCGUAUUGUUAUACCAGCGUUAUUUUAGAGAAGUGUUUUAGUAUCGUUUGUUAGAGACUAAUUUUAAAAAAAGUUUGAGACCCAGUGUGUAGUUUCAAAGCAAUUGCAGAACACUAGCAAGUCGCUAAAUCGAUUUCUGCAGUGACAGCCACUGCUUGUUAACAAUGAUAGUGUAAUAAGUAAUUAAAUUUGUACGAUCGAUUUGUUUUUGUCGUCGAGUAAUUUAUUCCAGCGAGUGUUACCAUGGCGACCCCUCCUGACAGCCCCAUGGACGAGGCUCUCUUCGAGCUGGAACCAUCCAGGGUCCCAAAACACAGACCCGUGGCCCUGGAGGAUCUCUGCAGACAGACCAAGUUCACACGUCAGGAAAUCAGAGUCAUGUACCGUGGUUUUAAACAGGAAUGUCCGGAAGGGCUAGUACACGAAGAUUCUUUCAAGGAUAUUUACGCCAAAUUCUUCCCACACGGAAACUCCAGUUUAUAUGCUCACUAUGUUUUUAAGGCCUUCGAUGUUAACAGUAAUGGAGCCAUCAGUUUCAGGGAUUUAUUGGUGACCCUCUCUACUCUGUUACGUGGCUCUAUCUAUGAGAAACUACGCUGGACGUUUAAACUGUACGAUAUAAACGGUGAUGGCUGCAUAACCCGUGCUGAGCUAGCGGAGAUAGUGGUGGCCAUACAUGAGCUGAUGGGUAGACGGGCGCAUCAGGUGAGGUCCACGGGGCGGUACGGGUCACAGGUGGAAGAUGAUCGGAAAGCGAGAGAACAGGUGGACCGGGUAUUCAAAAAAUUAGACCUCAACCAAGAUGGUGUCAUCACCAUUGAAGAAUUCAUUGAAUCGUGCCUCAAGGAUGAGGUCAUCACUAAGUCCUUGCAGGUGCUGGAUUCUGGCACUGGGCUAUGAUCCAAGGCCUCCCCCCAGCAUCAGUUGAGGCUGUUCCGUUCGUUUAAUGGAACGUCGCUUCUACGUCAACACUUCAACGAAGAGGCACUAGCGGCG